GACGCGGGAGGCUGUAGGGUUCGGAGGCUGCUCACGCCCCCCAGCUCCGGGUUCCCGCCGCCCCAGCUCCAGCCCCCCGACCCAGUCCUUCGGUGGGUACUGAGCCUGAGGUGGGAGAAAGGGGUGCGGCAGCAGACUGGGAGUGGGCAACCCUCCCCCUUUGGCCGAAGUGGAAAGCGGUUAUGAAGGCCAACCUUGAGCUGGUGGCGCUAGGUUCCUAUCUUGGGGGACGUCUCUCCCCGCUUUCCACUUACACAUCAAAAUAAGCUUUAGGCCGGGCGCGGUGGCUCACGCCUGUAAUCCUAGCUUUUUGGGAGGCCGAGGAGGAUGGAUUACCUGACCUCAGGAGUUCGAGACUAGCUUGGGCAACACGCUUGCCAGAUUGAACCAAAGGAUUUAUAUGCACUAGCUUUUAUGGAGAUGCAGUAUAAUAUGCUGGUCAAGAACAGGGCCUCUGAAGUUGGACUGCCUGGAUUCAACUUUUGGCUCUGCCACUUAUUUGCAGUAUGAACUUGAGCAAGCUAUUUGAUAGCUCUGUGCCUCACUUUUCUCAUCUGCAAAAUGGUCAUACAGGAUGGGUCUUUAUUUACCUUGCAAACAUGCUUAGACAAAGAAGAGAUUAACUUGAGUGGCUUUCCACUAAUUACAGAGAUUAAGUGGCUGCUUAAACUAUUUUCCAAAGGAUACACAUUACAAAUUAUUGAAUAGGGCAGUUCACCAAGAAGAUUGUAUUGGUUUGGGGGGAACACAACUUCCAGCAGCCACAAGGGAUGCUGCAACUCAGGUGCCAACUGAAACCAGCUCCUCUGCAGAAGGUUUCGUGUAGGUUUUGUUCUGUGAUGGGGAAACUGCAAAGCAAACUCAAACACAGCACUUAUAAAUACAGGCCUGAUGAAAUUAUAGAAGAGAGAAUUCAAACUAAAGCUUUUCAGGAGUAUAGCCCAGCUCACAUGGAUACCGUCUUUGUCGUUGCUGCUUUGAACUCAGACCUUUGUGUCUCUGGAGGGAAAGAUAAGACAGUUGUGGCCUAUAAUUGGAAAACUGGAAAUGUGGUGAAAAGGUUCAAAGGACAUGAACAUGAGAUCACCAAGGUAUCCUGUAUUCCCAAAUCCAGCCAGUUCUUCAGCGCCUCUCGUGACAGGAUAGUCAUGAUGUGGGACUUGCAUGGUGCCUCGCAACCAAGGCAGCAACUGUGUGGCCAUUCCAUGGUGGUCACUGGAUUGGCCGUGAGUCCAGACUCAUCACAGCUGUGCACUGGUUCCCGGGACAACACCCUGCUUCUGUGGGAUGUGGUGACAGGACAGACUGUGGAAAGAGCAUCUGUCUCCAGGAACGUGGUCACUCACCUGUGCUGGGUCCCCAGAGAACCAUACAUACUACAGACCUCUGAAGAUAAAACCCUCAGAUUAUGGGACAGUCGGGGGCUGCAGGUAGCUCAUAUGUUUCCUGCAAAGCAACACAUUCAGACCUACUGUGAAGUCAGCGUGGAUGGACACAAGUGUAUCUCCUGCAGCAAUGGCUUCGGAGGAGAAGGCUGUGAAGCCACGUUGUGGGACCUACGACAGACUCGAAACAGAAUAUGUGAGUAUAGGGGGCAUUUCCAGACUGUUUCAUCCUGUGUCUUUCUACCAAGAGCACUGGCCUUGAUGCCUUUAAUUGCUACCUCAUCACACGAUUGCAAGGUGAAGAUUUGGAAUCAAGACACUGGAGCCUGCCUUUUCACCUUGACUCUGGAUGGAUCAGGACCCUUGACUUCUCUGGCUGUUGGUGAUGCCAUCUCCUUACUAUGUGCAAGUUUUAACAGAGGAAUUCACUUACUCAGAGUGGACCACAGCCAAGGGCUGGAACUGCAAGAAGUGGCAGCUUUCUGAGGCCAAGAGACACUCCCUGGACAAUAUCAAACCAUGGCCCCUCCUCAGCGUGGCUUUGUGUCUUUCCCUGUUAUCUUGCAGCGAGUGUGACGUAGGGCUGGUAUUCUUUGAUUAGGUUCUUUAGAAGAUGUAUCAGUGUAUCAGUCAAAUAAUUUAAGUCCAGUAAUUCAAAAUCAGGUAUAGAGUCCAGAAACAUGGACUAAAGUUCUCUAAGUUAAACACAAAUGUAACUUUUAGUGACCUUUCAGGACUACUCUUCAGAAAAAGUUUAUUGCUCAGAAUGAUGACCUGUCAGUGUAAAGAGUGGCAGUCCUCUGUGAAAGUCAGAACAGGGCUCAAGCCUCCGGAACUGAUCCUUUCCAAGUCUUUACAAAAGAAAAAAGGCAGUGGGGAGAGAGACUGUUUUGGUUACCUCAAAAAUAACGGAGAUGGGAAAGAAUAGUUUAGCUCCAUAGAGGAGACAGAUUAUAGACAGUGAGAUUAAGCUCCAGUCACUGCUCCUCAGCAAUGUGAAGAAUCAAAGUAAGGGCAAGAAAGUGAAAACUUUAACUUCUAUUCAAAGUGGCAGCAGAGUUGAGGGGGAGGGGGGGCAGUACCCCCUAGCCCAAAGCUACUGAGCUUGUGUGACAAUCAGACCUGAGAUGGCUCGAUGCAGCCAAGAACCACAUGGGCAUUGGCCAGAGUUAUAGGAGUUAGCACACCUGUUCUACAGAUGAGAAAACAUUGAGAUUCAAAGAUGAAGGCCAAAAAUAUCUCACUUACAAUUUUAAUAUGUUUAUUUGGAUUUAUAUAAAUGAAACAUAUAUAUAUAUAUGUAUUUGGAAUGGCCAGAGUGAGGCAAAGGGGAUCUCUGAAAUAACAUUAGAACAUAUAGGAAAAACAAGGUGGGCAGAUCACUUGAGGUCAGGAGUUUGAAACCAGCCUGGCUAACAUGGUGAAACCCCAUUUCUACUAAAAAAUACAAAAAUUAUCCGGUGUAGUGGUACGUGCCUGUAGUCCCAGCUGCUGAGGUCAUGCCACCGCACUCCAGCCUGUGUGAUAGAAUGAAACCUUGUCUUGCGGGGGAGGAGGGGAAGAACAUACAGGAAAAAGGAGAGGGGUGGAGUCAACUGUGCCCCAGAUAUUAAGCCCCUUCAGUGAGGAGAGGCAAGGUGCUCAGGCCUGCCUGUGUGGCCCCCAGGAGUCAGUCCUCAGCCUCGUGCUCACAGGCCCAUUUUCCUCCAGGGAAAAUGAAGUCCUUCCUGCCUUCAGAGAUGCCCACACGUAAGUCACAUGAGGCCUGGAGAUUCCCUUUCUGACAAGUACCAGCCAAAGAAAGAUUUUGCAUUUGUCUUCUCUGGCCUCUGCAUGUCUCUGAUACCAGGUGGCUGAUAGCCACCUUCCUUGUUCCCUCAGUGUGAUCAUGGCUAACUGCACCCUUGGUCACCAGGGCUCAAUCAGUCCUUCCGAGUAGCUGGGGCUGCAGGCAUGCACCACCAUACCUGGCUAAUUUGUGUGUGUGUGUGUGUGUGUGUGUUUUGUAGAGGUGGGUUUUUGCCAUGUUGUCCAGGCUGAUCUCAAACUCCUGGGCUCAGGUGAUCCAUCGGUCUUGGAGUCUCCUUAAGUGUUGAGAUUACAGGCAUGAGCCACCGCAUCCAACUGAGAGUCUCUUUUUUUUUUUUGAGACGGAGUUUCGCUCUUGUUACCCAGGCUGGAGUGCAAUUGCAUGAUCUUGGCUCACCGCAACCUCCACCUCCUGGGUUCAGGCAAUUCUCCUGCCUCAGCCUCCUGAGUAGCUGGGAUUACAGGCACGUGCCACCAUGCCCAGCUAAUUUUUUGUAUUUUUAGUAGAGACGGGGUUUCACCAUGUUGACCUGGAUGGUCACGAUCUCUUGACCUCAUGAUCCACCCAUCUUGGCCUCCCAAAGUGCUGGGAUUACAGGCUUGAGCCACCACGCCCGGCCGAGAGUCUGUUCUUAAGCUAGUACAAAGAGUCAUAUUGGACUGAUAACCUCCACUUCUCCAUUUAACUGGAUGAUCUUGGGCAAGUUAUAAAAUCUUUUUCCUCUUCACUUUAUAACAUGGGGCUCAUGAUCAUACCUCGCCACAGGGCCGUUCUAAAGACUGGACAUAACUACUUUAAAUGCCAGGAAAGGUGGUAGGCAUUGACAAAUGGUAGCCAUAGUUAUUUAUUGUCCUUCCUGUCCAAACUAAAUGUUCCCUUUUCCAUAUGAAACAUUUACUAUUCCUUUGUCUAUUCUUAGAUCUUCUCCUCUAACACUUUAGUCGUUGUUCCACACUCCUUUGAUUCCUUGCUAUGGAUCUUUCAACUCUGGAAAGGCAAAGGGGUAGUGGGAGAGGAAGCUAUGUUGCUAAGCAUCUACAGAGGGCUAAAUACAUUUGUUCUCAUUUAUUAUUCCCAAUAUUCCUGUAUUAUUUCCAUUUCACAGAUGAGGAAGCCGACUCUAGAGACAUGCAGUACUUUGCCCAAAGUUACACACAUAUUAAGUGUAACACCACAGAGUGUGGUGGUCCCAGCUACUCGGUAUGAAUCUGGGUCAGCCUGACUCAAAGCCCAAUCACUUUUCUUUGCAGCCUUUUGUGAUGUUUGCAUGAUGUCACAAAGUCAUAGACCAUGACAUUGUUUGUAUCUUCCAGACCAGUUUUUAACUUUCUGGCUCCAAGUAGAUCCCCUGCCCAAGUGCCUAGGGGCAGUAGACCGCUGUCUCAGGGACAGUCCUAGCAUGUGCUGGAUUAUUAGUGCUGCAGCUGACACUUUUUCCCAGAGGGGAGAUAGGCAAGUCAGAAAAUCCAUGGGAAUGAGUUGGGAGGGGGUCCCAGGGAAGCGGGACAGGCUGCCAGGAGAAGGAAAGUACAUGUGAGAAGAUAGUAGGGCUCCGAUGAGUUAUUAGGGUCCUAUUACCAAUAAAAUUAUUUCCACAAACUGUA